AAAACAAUAAAAUUCAGUAAAAAAUUUUUCUUGAAAUAUGUAUGACCAUUUGAAAGUGUUCGAGUAAUGUAUGAAAUAUUUUCUCGUGUCGUCACAACUUAAAGAGACAAUUAUUAAGCAGGUUAUUUUGUGCGAGACACCCUGUAUAUCUUGUUACGCCUCUUAUUAUAGGCCACAUCUAACUUCUUAUAUUGUGCGGUUGUAUUCUAAUACACGAAACAAAAUCGUUGCGUAUAGUAGCAAUUAUCAAAGUGUUCGGCUACGUGAUACUCGGCUUUUCUUUGUAUUGACCCAUCCAAUAGUUUUCGUUUCGCAAGUCCACUAUACGCUUGUUUUGCGAAUUCGUUUCAGAUUGCUCUCAACUUUCGUAGUAGGUUUUAACGGAUAUCUAGAGAAGCCAUUGAACAAAAGGGUAGAGAAGUGUUAAAUUUUUCUCGUAGAACGGUUUCGCAGAAACGACAAACAUAGAAUCAACAAUGAAACGUGUGACAUUGUUCCUUGGCAUACGGUAAAAAUUUCAUGGAAACUGUGCAUCGUAAAAAUUCGAGAAAUAUAGACUUUUCAAAGAAGCUUCACUCUAAUUCGUCUGGGCAUCACUGCUAAGACAUUGUCUCACAUCGUGGCAUGUUUUCGUGGUGCACAAAAGAUCCGAAGGAAGUAUACAACAGAUAAAUUAUUUCUUACUUUCAGUAAGCAAUGACAGGAUACUUUGAUUUGCCAUUUAAUAUGGACAGAAUAUGCAGAAUUUGCCUUACAGAGGGUACUAAUUUAUCUCCUAUUUUUUGUGGAGAUCAAGAAGUAAGUGACUUUUCGGGUCUUCCACAAAAGAUACAAGUUUGUGGGUCGAUAGAAAUUCACGAACAGGAUGGAUUACCUUCGUUAAUUUGUGAUAUUUGCAUUUAUAAAGCAAGCGUUGCUCAUGAAUUUAGACAACAAUGUCAACAUUCUGAUGCCAAGUUACGAAUGUAUUAUAAUAAACCAAUGAAGACGACUACCAUGGACAAAAACAAGCAAAUAGAAUUGAAAACAAAAACAGCAUUACCAAAAAAACAAGUCAACGAAGGGGACUAUUUUGUAAAAGAAGAACAACAAGUAGCAUCAAAUUCUCAAGAAUAUGUGCAAAGUAACUCAUAUUCGAGAGAUGAAACCAGCUUAAGCACUGAAACGAUUGACAUGCAAGAUGAUAAACUUUUCAUAUGUUCCAUGGAAUUUGAAGGAUCUAAGGAAACUGAAAAAGAACCUUGCAUCUCAGAGAAUAACAUAAGCCAAACUUCUCCAACACAAGGAAAUAGCGAUUGUAUUUCAGAAACUAUAGAUACACAAGAUAAACUAGAAGAAAAUCAAGAUAUUAAUCAGAAUACAAAAGAAACAGACAAAAAACAAGAAGAUGAGUUUCUCGAUGAAAGUAUACUAAAUGAUAACAUUACAGAAGAAGAGAAGACUCCACAAAAACGUACAUCUACCAGGAAAAUGAAAUCAGUGACGGCUAAAGCUUACAGCGAAGAUGAAAUGGAUGAUAAUUAUUAUGACCCAGGUAGUGAUAGUCAAGACUCUGAUAAAUCAAAAUUUAAAUGCAAAGUAUGUUCAAAAUUUUAUGGUACACAAAAAGGUUUGAAAAAGCAUUCACUCGUUCACGAAAAAAAAUAUAAAUGCGAUAUCUGCUUAAAAAUGUUUUACAAGCAGGAGAAUAUGGAAAAUCAUAAAAAGAUUCAUGCAGCAAAACCUCUUGCAUGUAAAUUAUGUCAUGCAUCAUUCUCUAAACCUCAAGGCUUUGCACGUCAUUUGAAAUCCCAUACAGAAAAAUUAAACAACAUGAUUAAACAAAUCAAUACAGACGAACAAAAGGAUAACAAAGAACCAAAAAAAGAAAUGAAACUUGAAGAUGAUACAGAUGAUGAAAGUGGUACUAUGAACGAAAUCGAUGAAUUUGAAAAUGCACCUGAAUUGUACAAAUGUGAUGUUUGUAGUCAACAUUGUUCUAGUUUAAAAAAUCUAAAAAGACAUUCUCUUGUACAUGGAGAUAAAAAGUAUUCCUGUACCGUGUGUAAAAAAUGGUUCUUUAGACCUGAUACAUUAAAAAAACAUGCAGAAAAACAUGGUCACGGAUUGUUAGAUAAUUUAGUAGAUGAUAAUAAAUUCUUCGAUUCUGAUGAUGACUCUUUCCCAGAUACUACAAGGAAUGCUCUGCAAGAGAACGAAAGCGUUAAAAAAGAAGAAAGUGACGAGGAUGGUUCUGGUGAAUACAAAUGUCAACAUUGUGAUAAAGUCAUGGCAACAAAAAAAGGUCUUCGACGUCAUGUAUCAAUGCAUAAGCCAAAACCUGAACCAGUUUCAUGUGAAAUUUGUAGGAAAGUUUGCGCUAGUCAAGCUCGUCUUGUUCUUCAUCAAAGGACGCAUAAACCGAAAGAAAAGAUUCCCAGAGAAUAUUUGUGUCACAUAUGUAGUAAAGUAUAUCCAAGUAAUUCUUCUCUCACGUAUCAUAUGAGAACUCAUACCGGCGUAAAACCACACGUGUGUAAAACUUGCAAUAGUGGAUUUACUACAACAACCAGUUUGGCUAACCAUAUUAGGAUUCAUACAGGUGACAAACCAUUUGUUUGUCAUGUCUGUAGUGCAGCAUUUGCUGUAAGUUCAGCUUUUAGACGACAUUUGACUAGACAUACGGGUGAAGCAAAUUAUCUCUGUAAAACAUGUGGUAAAGCGUUCAAGAGACUUAGUACUUUAAAAGAACAUACAUACACACAUUCUGGUGAAAAGCCAUAUGUAUGUAAAACAUGUGGCGCCGCAUAUAGUCACAGUGGUAGUUUGUUUGCACAUCAAAAGCGUUGUCGAGCUCAAUAUGGUGAAAUGGUUGUAGACGAACAUCACCAUGCAGUUGCUCAUCAUAUUCAUGUGAAUAAUGUACAAUCUGCAGUGCGGUCGCUUGCUGUGAUAGGACAAAUGUUUUAAAAAAAUGCAAUUCAUUGUAUCAAAACUAAUGAUUUUAAUUGUGCAUCAUAAUGAAUAUAUAGACUGUUAAAAGACUAUAGAGUGUGCUACGAUUUUCAUGGUAUAUAAUACAGCAUUAUUGUAGAAAUCGUGCACUUGUGUAAAUAUAUAAGCAACUUCUUUUUUACAGAGAAAUAAUUAUUUAAAUACUCAUACAUAAUUAAUCAACCUAUCCAGACUAGUGCUUUAAUGGUAGAAAAUUUAUCUUUUCAUAUAAUAAUUAAAUGUUUAUUGUGUGAAUAUUUUCUUAUCUAAUUAAGAUUGACUUCAAUAAUGAUUGUAUGACUUGAGUAUAUAGGUAUGUACAUGUAACUUAAAUGCAUAGUGUUAUACAUGUUUGUAUAUCACCAUACUACAACAGAAAAUUGUACAUUAGCAAAAAAUUUUUGUUUCUUUUGACCCUUUUUAUUGAAAAAUUUAUUACAUUCCUAUUUUAAACACUUGGUUCAUGUUAUAUAUCAUUACUGCAUUCAUAAUAUCGUAUUUAGAGGGUACUAGUGAAUUGAAAGAUAAUUUAAAGCACUAGUUUAGGCACGUGAUUAAAAUAUGAAAAUUUAAUUUUUAAAAAGUAGAUAUACAAGGUAAAUAAUCAAAAUUACAUCUAUGUACUGGUCUCACAUAUAUAAUAUUUUGGUCUGAGUUAUAAUUUCCAUUGAAAUUAUAAUUCAUAUUUAUUACAUAUGUCAACAAAUUUGUAUACACGAGGCAUGUACAAACAUCUAUAAACAUUACUUGUUAUUCAUACACUACAAAAAAAGAGACUGAUUCUCGUUUAUAUAAAUGCAUUAAUGAUGAGAAAACAUUUUAUAACCCAUACUAAAAGUAAUUAAAGUUAUAUUGUGCUUUUUGUAGUACCGAUACAUGUAUUAUUUAGUCUUCAGUCUUUGAUACAAUCUGUGUUACAUCUAAUUCAUUAAAAGACAUUAGUUUUAUAUUUGCUACAGAUGUUAGAUCUAUGUUAACUUACAACCAAUUUUGCAAAGUACUACCACUACAUUCAUUGAAUGUAAGUAUAAUUUUAUUAUU